CAAAAGUCCCCAUGAACACUCUCCCACUCUGACUUUUCCAGACACGCACACAAACGAUGCAAUCGAGCCAAACAUGGAUUCAAGCCUUGUUCUACCUUGCUCUCAUCACAGUUUCACUAUAUUUUCUUCAGUUUUAUAUUCUAUCGGAUAGAUUAAUGGUGUCGCAUCACAAAGUUACUCUCAAGAAACAUCCUAAUCUCCCUCUAAGGUUCAAUUCCGACGGCACUUUUAAGAUCCUUCAGGUUGCUGAUAUGCAUUAUGGAACUGGAUUGACUCGGUGUAGAGAUGUUUUGACCUCCGAGUUUGAAUGGUGCUCUGAUCUUAACACUACUUUAUUUCUAAAGCGGAUGAUUGAUGCCGAGAAGCCUGAUUUUAUUGCUUUUACAGGGGACAACAUAUUCGGGUCAAGUACAAACGAUGCAGCAGAAUCUUUAUUCAAAGCUUUUGGUCCAGCCAUGGCUGCCCGACUUCCUUGGGCAGCAGUUUUGGGCAACCAUGAUCAGGAGUCAACUAUGACUCGUGAAGAAUUAAUGUCAUUCAUCUCCCUCAUGGACUAUUCCCUUUCACAACCAAACCCAUUGGACCCCACUAAACAACAAGUUACAACAAACAUCGAUGGGUUCGGGAAUUAUGAUCUGAGAGUACGGGGUCCACCCGGGUCCCACCUAGCCAACCAAACCAUCCUCAAUCUCUUCUUUUUAGACAGUGGAGACCGAGCUGUGGUUGAUGGUUUUAAAACUUAUGGAUGGAUCAAGGAGUCUCAACUUAGUUGGCUGCGUGGUGCUUCUAAGGAACAUAAUCAAGAAAAGUAUGAAUCAGAAGUUUCAACAUCUCCAAUUCCAUCACUAGCAUUCUUCCAUAUCCCCAUCCCUGAAAUCCGUUCCGGGCAGUUCCGGGAAAUUUUCGGGCAGUAUUCUGAACACGUAGCCUGUUCUAUGGUGAACUCUGGAGUAUUGAAGACACUUGUGUCAAUGGGAGAUGUGAAGGCGGUUUUUAUAGGCCAUGACCAUUUGAAUGAUUUUUGUGGGAAUUUAGAUGGUGUAUGGUUUUGUUAUGGUGGUGGGUUUGGGUAUCAUGGUUAUGGUAGGGCCGGGUGGCCUAGAAGAGGUAGGGUUAUACUUGCUGAAUUGAAAAAGGGGAAGAGUGAAUGGAUGGGAGUUGGAAGUAUUAAGACAUGGAAACGUAUUGAUGACAAAAAGUUGACGAAAUUUGAUGAGCAGAUCUUGUGGACAUCAAGUGGACAUCCAUUUUGAUAUGGAUUUUGUAUAUGAACAAUGUUUGUAUAAUGACACGUUUGCUUGAGACAUUUAAUGUGAAUGACAUGGUCACCAUUACAAAACCAA